GGAAGUCUUGCUGGGAGUCACAGAGCAGCAACAGCAGCAGAAACUCUUGGAGAAUGAGUGUGUGGGUCACUGGGAAGCCUGGAACCUGAGGCCAUCAGCAUCAGCCACAGCAGGCACAGAGCAUGACAGCUGUAUAUUCCUGGCACCUAUCUACUGCACCCUAUCCAGGAGACUCCUUUUCCGCUGUACACAUCCAUAGCACAGUCCCAAGCCCUGACACCGAGGGACCUGAUACCUGAUUUAUAGGUCCCACCAAAGAAGACAGAGAGGUCGCCUGUGGCCCUCAGACAAGACCAGUAACCAUUGCAGCACCUGCAGUCUUCCUUCACCCUCUGGAUUUCGUUGUGACUCCCGUUGCCAGCAGUGGGAACAAUGGGCAGCAAGACGCUGCCAGCUCCGGUGCCCAUCCACCCAUCUCUGCAGCUCACCAACUAUUCUUUUCUGCAAGCCUUCAAUGGUCUCCCAGUGCCCACCGACCACAUCCCCAGCCUGUAUGGCUUCAGUGCCCUGCACGCUGUCCAUCUCCAUCAGUGGACUUUGGGAUACCCAACUUUGCACCUGCCCAGAUCUUCCUUCUCCAAGGUACCAGGGGCUUCCAGUCUGAUGGACGCCAGGUUCCAGAUCCCUGGCUUCCCCCUCUUCCCUCACGUCAUCCACCCCAAACACCAUUCCACCAACUUCCCAACCAAGACUAAGCCCAGGUUUGACUUUGCCAACCUUGCAGUGGCUGCCACCCAGGAGGAGCCUUGCAAGCUCGUCCAACUGGAUGGGCAGGGGUCCCCAGCAGCUGUGGGCACCCUCCUGGACGUCACCAAGCUCACCCCAGAGAAGAAACCCACGCGUGGGAGGUUGCCUUCAAAGACCAAGAAAGAGUUUGUGUGUAAAUUCUGCGGGAGACACUUCACUAAAUCCUAUAACCUACUAAUCCACGAAAGGACCCACACAGAUGAGAGACCCUACACCUGUGACAUAUGCCACAAGGCUUUUAGGAGACAGGACCACCUGAGAGACCACAGGUACAUCCACUCCAAAGAGAAACCUUUCAAGUGUCAAGAGUGCGGUAAAGGAUUUUGUCAAUCCAGAACUUUGGCUGUUCACAAAACUCUCCACACACAAGUUAAAGAACUAAAACCUUCCAAAAUUAAAUGCUGAUUUCUAAAUGCAGAAAAGAAGAAAUAAAAGAACUGUUUAAGUCUUGUAUUAUUACAAGGGGGACUGAGCUGCAGAACCCUUCCCAUUCCCUGGCACUUGGAGAGAACUUGCUAUAGCUUGGGAUGUAAUAACUCAGAGAGCAGAGAGAAGGAAGAAAGCGAUGUGAUGGCACUGACAGGGUGUGUGCCAUGAGGGGGUGCUCUCACCGUGCAUUACAGGGCUGCUCCCUCCCUGCAGGACUGACCUGUUGCACCAGUGCUGGGAGGGGGGAAAUGACUCAAUAAAUGACAAUUAAUUCCUUGUUACAGACCAAUUUUUUUAAUUUUUUUUUUUCGUUCCCUCUUCUUCUUCUCCUGCUUGCUGCACAGGAACAAUUCUCUAUCUAAAUAUACUUUCAAUAACUACUUCCAGAAACACUGAGCAGAUGAAACGCCGCAGACAGCCAAUGAUUACAUUGUCAGGAUCACCUCCGUUGUUUAUUGUUAAAUGUCUUAAAAACCUUUUUAUUUUAUUUUUGCAGAAGAAAAAAAAAGGCAGAUUUUGGGUUUAGUGCCACAAAACUACUGGUCUGUGGUAUGCAUGCUUCCUGCACCUGAUGGGUUGUAUUUCCUCCUGUCUUACCUUUAAGCACAUGGCUGUAUUAAUGUAAUGGGUAAGAAUUUGUUACAGAGAAGACGACAGAGGCUAAUUUACUAAGAGCCGACAGACGCAAUUGUGUUGCAGAUUGUCCAAAUAAAUAAAUAAAUAAAUAAAUAAACAUAUAAAUUGAUCAACAAACAAAUCACGUUGGAAUCCACAGUGUCUGGCUGCACAAUGUAGGUGUAGGAAACAGCUCCUCGCUGGCUGAUAUUAUUAGGUGACAAAAAAAAGUGAGAACAAAUGCAAUAAGCACCGCCGCAGCCUGGGGCAGCGCCAUCCACCAUUGUUCCACAUCUGCACCUCUGUCAGCUGUAAAUGUGCAUUAGGCAGCCUUUGAUUUGGCCCAGAUGUCUCGCAUCACACGAUGUUUAUUCGCUGGAAUUUUAAAUUAGACAUUGAGGAGAACCUUUCGGCCCUUUCUGAUCCAGCAUGAUAUUUCCGUUCUUGUGGAACUACAAGUCUCAGCAGGGCAACAUCUGAAGAGUCUCAAACAUGUCGGGGUAAUCUGGGACUAAGGGCUAUGUAACACCCCCAUAGUUAGAAGCUGACAGGGUAUGCUGCAACUUGCAGUUCUAUUGAAACAACAACACUUCGUCUGGAUUGUAACGAGUGCUGCUAUCCAUGUUAGAUCGUCACUAUGCGAGCAAUACUAGUUGUGAUCGGACCGAUAAUUCUUUCUCCGAGCAUAACUGAAGAACUGCGGAAUGCAAGUGCCUUAUAUCGAUUUAAUAGAAUGUAUAUAUAUAUAUAUAUAUAUAUAUAUAUCUAUCUAGACAUCUCUCUCACUGUCUGUCUCUAAUAUAUAUAAAUAUAUAUAUAUAUAUAUAUACAUAUACACACACACACACACACACACACACACACACACACACACACAGUCUCUGUAAUAAUGUAUUACUACAAACCAUCCUUCUCACCGAAUCAGGUCACAAGAUACAUAAUAUAAACGACAAUUUUUGGAAGAUUAUUAUUAGUAAAAAAAAAAACAAUGUCAAUAGAUAAUAGUAAUAAUGAUAAGAUCUUAUGGAAGACAGUCUUCAUUUUCGAAUGACUGUAUUGUUUCUUCACACAAAUGAGAGUCUUGUGUAACACCUUGUAUCAAGGUUGCCGCCCAUGUCUACAGCUUGCUUCAUCCCUACUGUACCUAUAUUACUGUACAUUAUGCAUUGCUCCAAGCCAAGGCACCACUGUGCUAUCAGGAUUAUUAAAUAGCGAUGCUGCAGCAAACAGACAUGCGUCUUCUUCGCGUCAGUGUUAGUUUGCAAUAACUGAUCAAAACUGAUGUUUGUAUGGGUACUGCACCUAUAAAUAUAUUUUAUUGUAAGGAGAGGUCUAAUCUAUUUUAUUACACACUGUAUGACUGCAGACUCAUUGCAUCUCCUUUGUAAUUAACUUAAGUCAGUCUUUACAGAGUUUAUGUGUGUGUGUGUGUGUGUGUGUGUGUGUGUGUGUGUGUGUGUGUGUGUGUGUAUGUGUGUGUGUGUGUGUGUUUUAUCUAAUCUAUCUAUCUAUCUAUCUAUCUAUCUAUCUAUCUAUCUAUCUAUCUAUCUAUCUAUCUAUCUAUCUAUCUAUCUAUCUAUCUAUCUAUCUAUCUAUCUAUCUCUGUAUAUAUGUACACACACACACGCAUUUAUUACCCGAGCACUAAUUGCAUUUCUUCAAAUGUUUGACCAGUGCUGGAGAAAAAAAAAACAAAGGAGGACACAGUGUUAGUGUCAGUGCAAUGCAUCCCCAUUAUCCAAACCUUCACUGUCUGCCCCCAAGUGUUUAUUUGUCUACCAGGGAUAUAUCCAUAUAAUUAAAAGAAAACAAACGAUGUUUAAUGUGCUGCUGAAGUGAGUUCAGUAAAUAACUUCAUUUUUCCGGUCGAGGACUCAUCAUUAUCUUCCUCAUAAAUACAAGGGGACAAUUCAUCAGCGAGAGGGGUGGCAGACCCGUACAGGAUGACAACUGCUUAUCUGCCAGGAUUAAAGUUUAUUAGGAGUUUCAGCGGUAACGUCUGAAGCAUUAUACUUGGAGAAUGGCUGUUUGAUGUAACAGAGGUCACAAUGAAAAGUAAAUGCCCCCCCUGCUCUCUCUCUCUCUCUCUCUCGUUCUCUCUCCCCCCCCCCCCCCCACACACACACUUCUGAAAGUAUCCUGACAACGUAAACCCUUUUUCAGCAAAGUGCCAAUACAUUCCAAUUGACAGUUAAUCGUGCACAGUGCAAAUAAAAAUUGUACCUAACAAUUAACACUUAAAAAGUCAAUUCAGUGCAAAAUUGUGCAACAAGUGUCUGUAACAAUGUAGGUGGCGCAAAUUACUAAAUAUUUUUUUUGGGUUUGUUUUUUUUAUAUCUAAAUGUAAUAUUCUUGUAUAAUGUAAGUUAUGUGUAUAUAAAUGAGUGUUCUGAAUCAAAGAAUGUAUUGUUAAAUAAAAAGUGUUUUUUUAA